UGUAUAUUCUAGCUGCGUCACUGAGGUCUUAAAUACAAAGCCUAAUAAAUAAAACAUCGAAUUCAUGCACAGGUCAGACAGGUCUCUGCCUCUACGGGAAAGUUCAGACAUGAUAUACGCCAAACUCCUUUGAAAAAUCUGCCAUUUCUUAGCAGCAAACAUCCUCACAUUUAUAGAUCAUGCCUUGAUUUUUUUUUAAGGUAAAUUAUUAAAAUAUGCUAGUAAAAUCAUCAAGCUUGUACCAAAUAUUAAUAUACUGCUUCCAAAGGCAGCACGUUUAGGUCCAUAUUUUAGCCAUGUGGGUUGUAGCAAUAACAAUUUUAUUUAAUUACAGAGAAUCAUGAAGUUAAGUAAUGCUAGGUUUACCAAUAUGUAGCCUAAACGAAAAGAGAAGCAUUCACACAUUAGCUUAAGGCUUUUUUUUUUUUUACUAAACAGGCCGACGUGUUUUUGCUGUUAAAACUGUUAAACAACAAGCCUCUUUAAAUUGACGUUUAAACUGACAUAUUUUUUAAGGAGUUUUGCAUACCGUUUUAUCCCAGAAAACAGCGAACGCGUUCGGGGGGAAUGUUUCCAUCCAGUUUGGGCCAGAGGUGAACAUUUCCACCCCGUUCGUCCUGUAGCACGUCGUUCCAAGGUGUAGCCAAUAGGGAGGUGAAGAUGCUCUCCAAUUGUCCAAUAGGAGCAGAGCUGCCUGUAAUGGGCGGGUCUUCGAGCCUGCAGCACCAGGAGACCCUGGAAGCGCUGCUAUCCAUAAAAUCACACAGGAUCGAAGAUUUGUCGAUGCUCAGGCUUUCUUUACAGAUUCUGCCCGGACGUUUCGAAGUCCAACAGGCGUCAGUUUAGCAAAACUGUCGGGAUAACUUCGCAGAGGGCCUAAUGUCUCCAGCGGUUCCACAGUUGUCCUUAUCGUCAGGUAUGAUGAAUCCAAGUGUGCGGCGAGAAGUCCAAUGGGCUGACCAAAACGCCGCUAUAAUCCUCUGAAAUCCGGGAACUAUCAGCGGAACACCUGGGAUCAUGGGAAUGUGUCCACGCGCCAGUGGAUUUUAGGGCAAAGUAACAAAGCUAAUUUCAUGUUCGGAAACUUUGCGGCUCUCUUACAAUGCUAUGAGACACCUGGACAAUAAGUGACUGAGUGGGGGGAAAAAAGUAGUCUGUGAAACAGAGAAGACAACAUGAAGGAAAAAUCUAAAAAUGCUGCCCGGACUCGACGGGAAAAGGAAAACAGUGAGUUUUAUGAACUGGCCAAACUGUUGCCGCUGCCCUCCGCCAUCACCUCACAACUGGAUAAAGCCUCCAUCAUCCGACUGACAACAAGCUACCUGAAAAUGAGAAUAGUCUUUCCGGAAGGCCUUGGGGAGUCCUGGGGUCAUGUGAGCCGCAGCACUUCUCUUGACGGAGUCAGCCAGGAGUUAGGCUCCCAUCUCUUACAGACAUUAGAUGGCUUCAUUUUUGUUGUUGCCCCUGAUGGGAAAAUCAUGUACAUAUCAGAAACAGCAUCUGUCCACUUGGGCCUGUCACAGGUAGAGUUGACGGGAAACAGCAUUUAUGAAUACAUCCAUCCAGCAGACCACGAUGAAAUGACAGCUGUCCUCACAGCACACCAGCCUUACCAUUCACACUUUGUUCAUGAAUAUGAAAUGGAACGCUCCUUCUUUCUGAGAAUGAAAUGUGUUCUCGCCAAAAGAAAUGCUGGGCUUACCUGUGGAGGCUACAAGGUGAUCCACUGCAGCGGCUACCUGAAGAUCCGUCAGUACAGCCUGGACAUGUCUCCAUUCGACGGCUGCUAUCAGAACGUAGGGCUGGUGGCUGUCGGUCAUUCGUUACCGCCCAGCGCUGUCACCGAGAUCAAACUGCACAGCAACAUGUUCAUGUUCAGGGCCAGCCUGGACAUGAAGCUCAUCUUCCUUGACUCACGGGUUGCAGAGCUCACCGGCUACGAGCCUCAGGAUCUAAUAGAGAAGACUCUCUAUCAUCAUGUCCACAGCUGCGAUUCCUUUCACCUGCGCUGUGCUCAUCACUUGUUGCUGGUGAAAGGUCAGGUCACAACUAAGUACUACCGUUUCUUGGCCAAGCCUGGUGGCUGGGUCUGGGUCCAGAGUUAUGCAACUAUUGUGCACAACAGCCGAUCAUCCCGUCCUCACUGCAUCGUCAGUGUCAACUAUGUGCUCACGGAGACAGAAUAUAAAGGCCUCCAGCUUUCUCUGGACCAGGCCACAUCCAAGGCCUCUUUCCCCUACAGCAGCAGCACCGCCAGCAACCUCACAGAGAACUGCAGAGCUCCCAAGAGCAGAGUAUCCCGGCCCAAGACCAAAGCUAGACUCUCGCCAUACACACAGUAUUCUAGUUUCCAGACGGAACGGUCAGAGUCUGACCACGACAGUCCAUGGGGUAGCAGCCCCCUCACCGACUCAGCCUCCCCUCAGCUGCUGGAGCACAGUGAAGGCCAUGAUGCCUCCUGUGUGUACAGGCAAUUCACAGAAUCUCGCACACUCUGCCAUAGCCUCUCUGAAGAGCAACAUCACACCACCAGCGAUGGUUAUGCGCACUCCCACGGUCAAGGUCAAAGUUGUGAGCGGGGUCGAUGUGAGGCGGGGAGAUAUUUUCUAGGAGCACCUAUGUCUGGCAGGGAUACAUGGUGGGGCACUGCAAGGUCCAUCCUACCACUGAGCAAGAGCUCCCUGGAGAACCACGAGGGAUAUGAAAGUAGCAUGCCACACAUCACAGCCAUCCACACCUACCAUGGCCGGAGCCACUGGGAUGAGGACAGCGUGGUCAGCUCUCCAGAUGGAGGCUCAGCCAGUGAUUCAGGAGAUCGGUAUCAAGCUGACCACUACCGCUGCAGCCCGCAAGAGCCCAGCAAGAUUGAGACACUGAUCCGAGCCACACAGCAGAUGAUCAAGGAAGAAGAAAAUCGACUUCAGCUGCGCAAGGGUCCUCCGGAUGUCCCAUUGGGGCCAGCCAAUGGACUGCCAAAGGGCCAUGGUCCAUGUUUCACUUCAGAGUAUACUCAAGGGGCCCUGCCACUACAGACUGUGGUGUGUCGAGGUUUGGGUCAGGUGGUCAGCCCUUCGCAUAGUCCUGCACCCUUGUCCAGGCUCAGCAGUCCAGGAUCUGAGCGCCUCCACAAGCCCAAAGACCACCUGCAGACAGACCUGUCCCCCCUCUCUUUACCAUUACACCACCCGUUUGGUCGGCCAGGCGCAUGCUCCACUUCCCCCACCCCAGCCCCAGCUCUUUACCCCUCUCACACCUAUCCGCGGCCCUACUUGGACAAGCAUACAGCCUACUCUCUGACAGGCUACACUCUGGAGCACCUCUAUGACCCAGAGAGCCUUCGGGGAUACUGCACCUCUGCCAGCACGGGCCCCACGCACUACGAUAUGACCCCUCACCUCCGUGUACCCCCAGAGCAAACCCCCGGACACAAAAGCACCUCUGUCAUUAUCACCAAUGGCAGCUAACACUCAUCACUCAUCUCACACAAUGGGACAGUAGUCACACGGCCCGAGCUGGUUAGCCCUGUUAGAACAUUAAGCCAUUGCCAUUCUGGAUCCUGUUAGCUUGUUUUUCCAUCAUACCAAAUCUGAUUUGCUGCUUCAUCAUAGAACUACACUGUAGCCUUAUUUCCACCCAUAUGUUAGUCUUAAGUCCUCAAAAUAACCUCUCAAUGCAUGUUCCUCUGAAUGGGUGCUACAUGAAUAUCUCAGGAGGGUACAACACGAUCACAUAAUUAUAGCAGUGCCUGUAAUUCAGGUAAACAGUGGUUGUUUGUUCUUUUAUUUGGGGAGGGGGCAGCUUUUCAUCCAAGACUGAUUUUUUUACUUUGAUGAACUCAUUUGUUUCCUUUGAAGAAGAAGAAGAAUCAGCUUUAUUGACAGUAUAUAUAUUUUUACAUACACACACUGAAUUCGUCUUCUGCAUUUAACCCAU